CUAGUAUUGCCGAUAUCACGGACCGACCCAUCGUUCCUGGCAAUUUCCCCUCACAACUACCACCUUGCUGACCCACCUAUGAUCAACAGAGCACUGACUGGUGGUUGUCAUGGCAGAGUUAUUACUCCGUACUAUAUGUUAUAUGAGGGCAAGGCAAGCCCGCGCCAAUCGGCGCACCAAAGGUGCUGAUGAAUGAGUGUACUGUGCAAUGCUAAUCUCUCUCAUCGAGUUGCCAUCACGCCGUGUCCAUUCCUAUCCGGCCUCCGCUAGUCAACUAUGGGCGUCAAUCGACGGCUGCUGCCGCUUCUCGCGGUCACCGGCCUGACACUGGGGGCGUCGAUUUCGGACUGUUCCGCCGACACCUUCGCGCAGUCUCUGCCGAGCCACGCCCGGCUCGAGUCUGUGGCACACGUGGCCCAGAACGGCAGCUACGGCGAGGGCCGCUCCAAUGUCGCCUACCCCGACAUCCCGACCGCGCUGCCGGAGCUGUGCGCCGUGGUCGUCAACGUGACCUCGUCGCCGUCGUCGUCUUUCCGCUUCGCGCUGUUUCUCCCCACCGAGUGGAACGCGCGCUUCCUUGAGGUCGGGAACGGCGGCUUCGCGGGCGGCAUCAACUGGAUGGACAUGGCCGUCGGCGCUCGGUACGGCUUCGCAUGCGCCAGCACCGACACGGGCCACAACUCGACGACGGCCGACGGCGCAUGGGCUCUGAACCAGCCCGAGAGAAUCGCGGACUGGGGCUGGCGGGCGAUCCACGGCACGGCCGUCCUCGCCAAGUCCCUGACCGCGGCGUAUUACAACUCGCAGGCGGCCUAUUCGUACUACUCGGGCUGCUCGACCGGCGGCCGCCAAGGGCUCCGAGAGGCACAGCUGCACCCGGAGACAUUCGACGGCUUGCUGGUGGGGGCUCCCGCUUGGUGGACGUCCCAUCUGCAGACGUGGACGACCUGGAUCGGCGCACUCAACGCCCAGGACUCGCAAGACCACGAACGCAUUGACCCUUCCCUCUUCCCGGUAAUUGCGUCCGAAAUAAUGAAGCAAUGCGACGCUGCGGACGGCGUCGAGGACGGCAUCAUCAGCGCGCCGGACGAGUGCAAGCUCAACUACCGCGCGCUGGAGUGCCGCGCGGGGCACAACUCCUCGUCGUCGUCCGCCUGCCUGACCCGCGCGCAGCUGUCGACUCUGCACAGCAUCUACUCACCCUACGUCGUCGCCCACGGCCAGCUCGCCAUGCCGGGCCUCAACAAGGGCUCCGAGGCCGAGUGGCCGGUCGUGCUGGGCGGCACGGAGCCCAACGGCCUCGGGACCGGCUACGAGCGCUACUUCCUCUUCCACGACCCGGCCUGGGACUGGCGCGACUACAACGACAGCAUCGUCCGCCUGGCCGACAGCCUGGACCCGGGCCGCGCCACCGCCCACGGCUUCGCCAACAUGUCGGCCGUGCGCGACCGCGGGGCCAAGAUCCUCAUGUACCACGGCAUGGCCGACGGGCUCAUCCCGACGGGGUCGUCCGAGCACUUUUAUCGGCAAGUCGCAGCCGCCACUUCGAAGCGGGGCGGACUCGUGCCGCCCCUAAAGGACUGGUUCCGCUUCUUUUUCGUCCCCGGCAUGGGCCACUGCGCCGGGUCGGCCGUGGGCGCGCCGUGGUACUUUGCCGGGCCCAACCAGGCGCCGCGGCUGGGCACCGACGCGCACUCGCUGCCGCCGGCGUACCGGGACCGGGCCCACGAUGCCCUGCUGGCGCUGAUGGCCUGGGUCGAGAGCGGCACGGCGGUCGAGAGCAUUGUGGCUACGAGCUGGAAGAGCCCGUCCGAUCCCGCGUCCGGGGUCGCGCGCCAGAGGCCGCUGUGUCCGUACCCGCUGAAGGCGAGGUUGCGGAAGGGAGGGGAUCCCGAUCAGGCGGCUUCUUGGAGUUGCCGGUAGGCCUAUGUAUUUUUAUGUAUUGGAAAUACAUACUAGACGGCAUGUUACAUACUAGUACUUAACUCCGCACUAGAGCCUAGAAGGACUGGCCGCUCUAUGAUGUUGUAAUUAAAGAAGACGAAAGACUGCGUAAUUGCUGGA